AUGGGUCACAUGACUUCGCGCAACUCGAGAACGCGUGCCGUUCCGCGCACCCCUCCAGCACAGAGGGACAAGUCCAGUUCACCUGAGUCCAAAAUGCCAGUGAAAAAGGAAUUGUCCGAGUUUGAACAACAGAGGCUGGCAAACAUUGCCGAACGCGAUGCACUCUUGAAGCAAUUGAAGCUCGAGUCUCAAAACUCCGGAUUCUCGACGCCGAAAUCCGCGAACAACAGCGCAAACAAGUCAAAGAAGCGCGCGACGCCAAGAAUCAAGGAGGAGAUCGAUACUCCGCGGCGCACAUCUUCACGUCUCAAGGGAAUUGCAGCCGAAAGUGAAACCGCCAAGCGCAAGGCCGACGAUGAGUACGAGGCCAUGCGGGAGGCCGAUCGCGUCAAGCGAUUGCGCCGGACCGGUUCCUACAGCCAGGCCGACAUGUUUGUUGCGGGUCAAAAGCUGAGUGGCGAUAGCCUCAUCGGCGUGGAUGUUAUAACAAAAGGUGUCGCAAAACCAUACGAAAGAACGUUUGGGGACGACGACAUCGACCAGACCACCGACAAGGACUUGAAGGCACUCCGUGAAGAAAUGAACGGGCUUUCCCUGUGGGAGGCAUGGGAUCCGCAGCGUAUCAAAAUUACGCCCGAGCGCGUCUACGCAAUGGCCUUCCAUCCGUCUGAGACCAAGCCUCUUAUCUUUGCCGGUGAUAAGAUGGGGCAUCUCGGAAUGUUAGACGCCUCUCAGGAAAAGCCGGAAGUGGACGAAGAUGAAGACGACGAAGAUGUCAAGGACGACGAUCCUGACCCAGUGUUAACCACAUUGAAGCCCCACACGCGUACAAUCAGCGCAAUGGUGGUCAAUCCGUCUAAGCCCACCCAUUUGUAUACGGCGAGCUACGAUAGCUCCAUCCGCUCUCUUGACCUGGAGCAGAUGGUGUCGUCCGAAGCCUAUGCACCGGAGGCCUCGGACAUUGACGAGGCGAUCUCUGGGGUCGAUAUGGCACCCGAAGAUCCUAACGUUCUGUAUUGGACGACUCUCCAAGGUGCUUUCGGGCAAUACGAUACGCGGACCCCAAUGAAAGACGCAAACGUAUUAUCAUGGAACUUAUCUGAAAAGAAAAUCGGCGGGUUCAGUCUCUGUCCCUCAACUCCAAACUACUUUGCAACAGCAAGUCUUGACCGAUUCAUGAGACUGUGGGAUCUACGCAAACUGUCUGCCGAGGAGCCAGUUCCAGUGGCUGAGCACGAGAGCCGACUUUCCGUCUCGCAUGCGGCGUUCAACUCCGCCGGCCAGAUUGCUACGUCGUCAUACGAUGACACAUUGAAGAUCUAUGAUGUCGGCGCUAAGGGCUUGUCGUCAUGGAAGACAGGACAUACGCUCCCUGAUAAGCAAUUCACUCCCGAUACCGUUGUGCGCCACAAUUGCCAGACCGGACGCUGGGUUACUAUUCUCCGUCCCCAAUGGCAGUUGAACCCUCAAUCGCCUAUCCAGCGCUUCUGCAUCGGUAACAUGAACCGCUUUGUGGAUAUCUAUAGUAGCAAUGGAGAUCAGCUUGCCCAGCUCGGUGGUGAUGGAAUCACUGCUGUUCCUGCUGUUGCGGUCUUCCAUCGCAGUAAGAACUGGGUUGCUGGUGGUACUGCUAGCGGCAAGCUCUGUCUGUGGCAAUAG